AUAGAUUUGGAAAAUUGUAAUUUUCUUGUUUUCAAUCUGACCCAAUUAUGGAUACACCUCAAGCUAGCAAAAGAAUACUUGAAAAAAAGCUUCAGAAUUAAAAUAAAACGCAAAGUACAUGGAGAAGAUGGGAUUUUUUAGGAAAAAUAGGAGUUGAAAUAUUUCUGUAUUUCUCAAAAUUCUACAGCACAUUGUUUAAUUUGUCACAUUUCCAUCAGUACAAUGAAAAAAUCAAUAUAAGAAGACAUUAUCAGAAUAAGCUCAGAAGUCGAUAUGACAAAUUUAAAAAAAAUUCGAACUGAAAAUUUGUAUGUGUUUGGAACCUAUUAUUAUAAUUAUACAACUACCUAGUUACUAAAAAUUAAUAUCAAUCAUAACUCAAACAGUUCUAUGCCACGUAAAGGUAAGAAAUGUCUGGCCUGGUACUCAGUCAUUUGUUUGAUUUACGGAUCUAUACAUGAAAUGAUAAACGUAAUAUUUUUGCAUUACUUAAAUUAAAUAAAACAUUCUCAAUGAUCCAGAUUAACGGAUGAUCAUGUGACCUCAUUAAUUAGAGUUGGUACUGUAAAAUCAUUUCAGCCUGAUAUUAGAAAGCUGGGGGCACAAAAGAGAUGCCAAACGUCAUUACAUAUAAAAUAAAACAAACAUUGAGUUUAUCUGUAGUAUUCUUGUAAAAUUUAGGUCUAUACAUUUACCGUAGAUUAAGUCAUUUUCCGUAUAUGUAUUAUUGUUUCCUUAUGGUUAUCGAAACUUUGUUCAAAAAUGUUAUGGAUAGUUGUACAUAAAAAUUUAUGAUUUUUUGUAUAAAAUGCUGUAAAUUGAAAUAAUAGUAAAAUGCGAAAAUUUAUAUGUAAAUGGCAUUUGAAAUUUAAGAAAAUGAUAAAACUUCAUUCGGUAUGUCACGAACUACACCUAUCUGAAAAUAUGCUUCAAGUAUACAUUAUCAAAUAUAUCACAAACUGUUUGCGGCCCUUUGCACAACUCCCAACAACGAGUUUGACACCCCUGAUAUAAAACACUAUUUAAUAUUUUGGAUGUUAUAAAAAGGUGGCAUAAAAGCUCAUUGAUUGAUCCAAUUGUAGUCUUUUGUUAUAUAAUUGCUUAUUAUUUUAUGUAAGAUACUUUAACCAUACAUAUAUCUUUUAUUACUUAUGUUGGCAUCAAUAUUUUAACUCACUAUCCUUAAAUAUUAGCUCAUUUGCAGUCUGAUGUGUGCAAUAUUUACUGUUAUGUAAAAUGAACUUGAAUUAUAAUAAAUGUGCAAUUAAUUUCAAUAUGAAAUCUUUCAAUUAAGUUAUGUAAAUUAAAAGCAAUUUCAAAGUAGCACUUGCAACAUGAGUUCUUCUGAGAGACAACCAGUGAUAAGAAAACUUGACGAGGAUGUUGUUAAUCGAAUUGCUGCUGGUGAAGUCAUUCAGAGACCUGCAAAUGCGUUGAAAGAAAUGUUGGAGAAUAGUUUAGAUGCUGGUUCAACUUCCAUCACAGUCACAAUUAAAGUUGGUGGGUUAAAAAUGCUUCAGAUAUCUGAUAAUGGUCACGGAAUUCGAAAAGAAGACAUGGGAAUUGUAUGUGAGAGAUUUACCACAAGUAAGUUGAAAGAAUUCAGCGACCUUCGCUCUAUUGCAACAUUUGGCUUUCGUGGUGAAGCACUCGCUAGCAUUAGCCAUGUUUCUCAUCUCACUAUAUGCACGAGAACGAAGGAAAGUAAAUGCGCUUACAAAGCUUCAUAUAUUGACGGAAAAGUGAAAGACCCUCCACGACCAACUGCAGGAAAUGUUGGAACCCAGAUUACUGUUGAAGACCUCUUUUAUAAUGUUCCUAUUAGGAGAAAGGCAUUAAACAAUGCAUCGGAAGAACACCAGAGAAUUGCAGAUGUCAUCAGCAAAUAUGCCAUUCACAAUUCUGGAAUUGGAUUCACGUUGCGUAAAAUUACAGAAGGUAACAAUGCUGGAAAUGAUGUUAGUGUUCGAACUCAAAGCGGAUCAUCUAUUGCUGAUAAUAUUGGACUAAUUUAUGGUUCUUAUAUUGCGAAAGAACUUCUCCAUGUGAAUCACACUGAUGAGAGCUUGAAGUAUAAAAUGUCUGGUUGGCUGACUAAUGCAAAUUGCUCAAUGAAAAAAUUCAAUUUUUUACUCUUCAUCAAUCAAAGACUAGUUGAUUGUACAUCUCUCAAACGUGCACUUGAUUCUGUAUAUCAAACAUUCUUACCUAAAGGUAGUCAUCCGUUUGUUUAUAUGAGUCUUGAAAUAUCUCCAGCUAAUAUAGAUGUCAAUGUUCAUCCAACAAAACAUGAAGUUCAUUUCUUGCACGAAGAAGAAAUCAUAGAAUCUGUACAAAAAGCUGUAGAAAUGAGAUUGCGAGAUUGCAAUCAUUCUAGAUCAUUUUACACUCAAACUUUACUUCCCACGUCGUCAAAUAUUUCUACACAAGAGAUAGUGAAACAAAAAGCGACAACAGAACUCCCACAUUCUUCAAAAGUGUAUGAUCAUCAAAUGGUCAGGACUGACAGCAAAUUACAAAAGCUUGAUGCUUUUUUAAAUGUAUUUUCAAGUGAGACACAGGAGAAUAAAGAUCCAUCAAAAGUUUCAACCUCUAAUGUGACGACUAUGAAAAAAACAUCUGAAAAUAUAAAUAGUGGUGCAAAAGUUUUGAAAAUGUCUGUUCCCAAACAAGAAAAAUCGGAUAACGCAACUAAAGAUAACCUAACAUCGACCUCGUUUCCAAAAAGACGACAAAUAAAAUUAACAAGUGUGUUAACUCUCCAAGAAGAAAUCAGACAGAAUGCUCAUAGCGAUCUUGUAAAGAUCAUGAGCGAUCAUACAUGGGUUGGUUGCAUCGAUCCAGAGUUGGCCCUGAUACAACAUGGUACUAAACUGUACUUGACAAACACAACACGACUCUCUGAGGAGUUGUUUUAUCAAAUAAUGAUAUAUGAUUUCGGAAACUUUGGCAUUUUUCGUUUGUCUGAACCAGCACCAACUAUAGAGCUUGUUAAACUUGCACUUGAUGAUGAAGAGAGUGGUUGGAAACCUGCAGAUGGUAAUAAAUCUGACUUAGCCAAUCAUAUUGUGGAGUUUCUAAAAGACAAAGCUGAUAUGUUAUCUGACUACUUUUCUUUUGAGGUGGACGGAAAUGGAAAUAUUACAGGGAUACCAAUGCUACUUAAAGAUUACAUACCAUCUAUGGAAGGCCUUCCUAUGUUUGUAUUGCGAUUAACUACUGAAGUUGAUUGGGAAUCAGAAAUAGAUUGCUUUAAAACUUUUUGCAGAGAAUGUGCUCGAUUUUACUCUGUACGUAAAGGCUUUAUUGACCUCCUUGAGAUAAUAAAAGAUGCAAAAUUAGAUGAUGAGUGUGAAAUGCUUGAUUCUUCCUUUUCUGCCACAGAUUCCACCUCAAAUCCACCAGCUGGAACAAAUUCUUCAAAUAAAAGUGGUUCAUGGAAGUGGACAAUAGAACAUAUAGUGUAUAGGGCUUUCCAGAAAAUUCUCCUUCCCGAUAAAUCAAUGUUGGAAGAUGGUACAUUUUUACAACUUGCAAAUUUACCGGAUUUGUAUAAAGUUUUUGAAAGAUGCUGAACCUCUUGCUUAUUAGUACCCUUUAAAUGAUAUCCUUGGUAUUUGCCGAGAAAAGCCUAUUUCCCAUGUAGUAAUGACUUUGGGUCAUUGAAGAUAUAUGUUCAUUCCUAUAUUAUAUAUGAUGUAGAAUCUUUAAAUGCAAUUCAGUCACUAUAACUGCCAUGGAUUUCUUGUUGUACUAUCAGUGUGUAGCAACUAGAAGCAACUGGAUUGAUUAAUAGGGUUACUUGUUACAAAACUCGUUUUUUCAUUGUUUUUCAAACAUUUUCUCUUUGCUAUUACAG